CAGAAGCUCAACCUACCAACACCAUGGUCAGUUCCUGUUGUGGCUCCACCUGCUGUGGCCCAAGCUGUGGCUCUGGCUGCUGCCAGCCCAGCUGCUGUAUUUCUAGCUGCUGCCGCCCCAGCUGCUGUGGGUCCAGCUGCUGCCAGCCCUGCUGCCGCCCUACCUGCUGCAUAACUAGCUGCUGCCAGCCCUGCUGCCGCCCCUGCUGCUCUGGGUCCAGCUGCUGCCAGCCCUGCUGCCACCCCUGCUGCUGUAUUUCUAGCUGUUGUCGCCCCAGCUGCUGUGGGUCCAACUGCUGCCAACCCUGCUGCCGCCCCACUUGCUGCACACCUAGCUGCUGCCAACCUUGCUGCCGCCCUACCUGCUGCAUAACUAGCUGCUGUCGCCCCAGCUGCUGCCAGCCCUGCUGCCGCCCCACCUGCUGUAUUUCUAGCUGCUGCCAACCUUGCUGCCGCCCUACCUGCUGCACAUCUAGCUGCUGCCAGCCCUGCUGCUGCCAGACUACUUGUUGUAGAACCACCUGCUGCAGACCAGCCUGCUGUGGGUCAUCCUGCUGUUGAGCUCUCCCAUCUAUGUGCAAUUGUCUACCAUCCCUAAUCUAUAUCAGACAGCUACCAGCUCCCUUCUUCAUCUGCCUCACUAGGAGAACAGGUGGUUCAUUGUAAUCAGUUACCAAUCGAUCCACAUGAGAACCAUUGGGAAACAAAAACCAGUACCUUCAUAUCAUCUAAUGACAGCUCUCUCUGGCCAUCCAUCUCCAUAUGAACACUAACUUUUAUUGAAUUAAAAUCCAUCAACUAAAAUGCUUACUCAUUCUGCCAACCCCCCAACGCCCAUUAUCUUCUUCCUUGACUUUUGGUCACUGGGGUGUGCUGAUUGACUAGAAGAAGAAUAUUAUUCCUGUAGUGGCUCCACCGGCUGUGAUCCAAGUUGUGGCUCUGGCUGCUGCCACCCCAGCUGCUGUAUUUCUAGCUGCUGCCAACCCAACCAAUGUUUUAGCUAACACCAAGAUGCCAAAGAUGGAUCUCCCCAAUUCCCUGUCAUAACAAUUUGUCUUUUUGUUAGUGUUUCUCAAAUUCCAAAUAAAACU